AUGCCCGGAAUACCACCAAAUGCGUUGUCCGACUUGAAGGCCAAAUUCAAGAGCUUACUCAAAGGAGGAAAGUCGAAGAAGACAGAAGCAAAGCCCGCAGAAGCAAAGCCCGCAGAGCCAACGCCAGCUGCUGCCCCAGUACCAACAACAACUGAGACAGCUCCCACUCCUGCUCCUGAACCCGUUGCAGCCGCAGCCGUCGAAGCGCCAAAAGAAGAAGCCAAGCCAGCUGACCCAGUUCCAACCACCACUCCAGAGGUUGCCCCAACUCCAGCUACAGCUGAACCUGUCAAGACCGAAGCUCCUGUCGUCCCAGCUGUGCCUGAAGUCAAGAAAGAAGAACCGGCUGCAACACCAACCCCCGAGGUCAAGAAAGAAGAGCCAGUCGCUCUCCCUGCACCGGCCGCCGUACCCGCUCCCACUCCAGCUCCAGCUGCUGCAUAA